UGUAAUCGUCAAUUGCUUUCUUCCUACUAGUGUCACCCCUUGGUCACCCCCUUCAACAAUUUUGAAUGGUUUUGUAUCUUGUUUGAAUCAUGUCUACUCAAGCGGAACCCCCUGCGGGAGAGUUGUCCGAGUUCGAGACGCAAUUUGAGCCUCGGUCUAACGAUGACGAUGCUCUAUGGGAAGUCAUAGAAAUCGUUGCCGAGCGGGGUAAGAAGUAUCGGGUCAGGUGGGCGGGCAAUGAUCCUAAGACGGGGAGGCCAUGGCCGUUGGACUGGGUACCUAAGCAUGACUGCACGGAUCACCUUGUGGAAGAGUGGAAGAGGAAAAAGGCCGUGAAGGGACGUCGAUCGAAUAAGACUGGUGGCCAAAAAACUGCUUCACGCGCCUCGACGUUUUCAAAGGUUUCUGCGACUUCUACCUCCCGAAAAUCGCGCUCUCUGGCGGGAGAAAGCGUUCUUAAUCUAACAGACUACGAUGAACCUCCUCGUGCUCAACCGUUGGCAAUAUCAAAAACACAGUCUUCGUCUUCGAAGCGUAAACAUGCAGAUAUGGCAAAGGAGCCAUCAAAUCUAAGUGACUCGGUGGAUCCUUCAGAGCCGGAACAUCCAAAGAAGAAGAAGAAACUCGUUACUGGCGAACCAACUAGUAUGAAGUUGAAGCGCAAGGCAACACAGCGCACCCCCGCUAGCCACAGUCAAUUUAUCGAGUCAGAUGCCGAUGACAAUAUCGCUGCAGCAGGCGGAGUAGGCGAUGGAAUCCCAAUUACCAGAGUUGGUCCACCUACUAGAAAACGCCCUGUACCUAAGUCCAAGGACGACGUCCUCUCGUCUGUCACUGAUCAUCAUCGCGUCACAACUACCGUGACCGUCCAAAAACCUGAACAAUCCAGUGGCUCAAGUCGAAAUGGACAGCCUUUUUCGAAGAACCAACCCGAUGUUAUCGAGUUGUCAUCUACAGAGGAGGCCGACUUAUUACUCAAAUCGAAAAAGCCACCUAUAUCCCGCUUUGCUGACAGGAAGACAGCCUCAAAGACCGCACCACAAGAGACCACCGCCAAACAUGUUGUGGCUCAAUCCUCAGUCAGGUCACACAUCACUACUCCCGCAAUACUUCAUUCCAGGAAGUCAUCUUCAGUUUCUCCCCUUCCUUUGCGACGCCAACCAUCAUUAUCCCCUGGCGCCCGAGCUCGGUUAGAGAUAUUUGACUGCAUGAUGGGCAUCGGCUCGGAUAAUGGUGACGGAGAUCCCUACGCGAAUAUGGGCGAGAAUGCAGAUUAUGGCGCUGCAGAUCCUUACGACACACCUCUUGGUCCGCCUCCUAAGUCUUCAACGCCGCCACCCACGACUGCUACUACGGCAGGUCGCAAGAAACCUACCGGCGAUUCACCGUUUUCUGGGAUUGUCCCGGAGACAGAGUCUUCGCAGUCCCAGCCUUCACUUCCCAACCACAUAACGAAUGGAAAGCGCACUGAUCAGCCGCCGCCACUCAAACAACCUUCUCUCCCAAGAUCUACUUCAAGGAAAUCCCAGUCAGCAUCGGUCUUGCCUACCGUCGCUUCAAGCAGUGAAGUGCCACUUCGACCGCGGAAACCACCCGCAGGGCCAGUUCCACGUAUCUCCCCCCACACCUUCCGUAAGACGGUUGAAUCGCUCACUACAGAACACGAUAAUGAGCCUCCGAUGAGCUCCAUUGAAAGCUUCCCAUCUCCGCAGAAAGAUAAGGGAAAGCAACGAUGCUCUGGCCCUGACAAACGUUCAAGCGACGAAGAUCCUGUUCCUGGCGUUACGGACGCGGAACUGAAAGCUAGAGGGAAAGCACUGUAUGAGCGGGCUUUGCGGAAGAAGGAGCUUCUCCAAGUUACCGAUAAACCACCUAAAAAAACUAUCAAUGACCUUGUACGAUCACGCGUGCCUCUGGCUAUGACCAGCAAGGACAAACAGUCGGGACCAGACACUCACCCAUUCGCCUCUAACAAUGGGGUUCACGAGGGAGAGUUCGAAAUCGUUCAGCAGAUGGAGGAUGCUUACGUUGACCUCAGCGGAGGAAAUAGCACAACUAUCGACACUUUCACACAAAGUGGCCCCCAAGAUAAAGAGGCUCAGCGCAUCCUUCUUCGUGAGGAGGAGGAGGAAUGUACGCAGGAGGCUUUACUCAGCGGUAAUCCAGCGCUUCUGGUGCCAAAGGUAGAUGUUGUGGAAAAAUUUGAAGCGCGACGGCAGGAGCUGGCUAUCGAUGAUACAGAGAUGGGCAAUAAUGAUGAUGGUGUUCAGCCGCCCCCCGUGCCUGCCGAGCCAGGUGGAAGUAACCACAAAACAAACCAGCCUUCAACACACAUAGACGACUUACAAGUUGCCAGUAUGAUUGCCAACCCAAGUCAAGGUCAACGGCAAGGCAGGGAUGAUGAAGAUUUUGAUACAUCAAAUAUUCACUUGAACAGUUCACCAACACGAAGCGUACCGCAGCAUGAUAGCGACGCGACUGUGAGACGGCUUAAUCAGGCACUGACCACCCUCCACAAGAAGUCCGACGAGAUUCAAGCGUUGCAAGCUGCAUUGGCACUUGAGCGCGAGAAAACUUCAAAGCUCGAAGCCGAAGUAAAGGCAGUCUGGCAGUCCCCAAGUACGGCUGGUCAGGAAGGAAUCGCACCAAGCGCUCAACCCGUAGGCGCAAUGCAGACCAAUUCAGCCGUUUCCGAGCUUGCCGACAUGAGGGUCAAGUGGAACCAAGAGCGCGAGGUCUGGGAGGCCGGGCGCCGUAAUUGGGAGGAAGAAAUCGUGAGACUCACCGCUGAGCGAGAUCGCUUUGAAACCAACGCGCGCUCGGUUGACGAGCUUAAAGCCUCUUGGGAUGCGGACCAAGCGACUUUCCGGCGAGAACGCGAGCUAUGGGAGAAUGAACGCAAGAAAUUGGAUCUCCAAGUGGCCGAAAUGCUUGGUGAGCGAAUCGGAUGGGUGGAGGAACGUGAUCGUCUUGCUGCCCAGAUCGAAUCGUUAACGGAGACUGGUGCCACUUUUAAAGCGGUACGAGCUCAAUGGGAACAAGAACAAACUAUUAUCAUGGUGGAGCGUGCUGCAUGGGUGGAGGAACGGGAGAGUUGGGCACAGCAACGAACGGCAAGUGCCCGAGAACGCGCUUUGUGGGACAUUCAUCGCGAAGCCAUGGAGCUACGAAGUAUUAAAUGGGAAGCCGAUCAUGCUGAAUGGGUACGUGGCAAGGAACUUUGGGAAUCUGAGCGCGAAAAGUGGUCUGCGGAGCGCGCCUCGAUGAUCGAGGCACACGAGGCACUUGUUGCGGACGUGACGAGAUCAAAUUCCUCUUUGGAUGCCCUGACUCGCUCCAAGAGUCUGGCUGAAAAGGACCGCGACUUCUUCCGUGAUCAAUAUACGCAGGCUUCUGGUUUCGUGAGCGCCACUAGAACAGAGAAUAUUGAGCUGGAGCAGAAGGCCAAGGUUGCUGAAGGUCAAGCACGCGAUGGAGUUGCUUUGAUCAAGCACAUGUUCGAGAGUCAGAUAAAGGCGUUGAAAGAAGAUGUCGAUCGAUGGAGAGGUGUUUCCGCCCUUCUCCAGGAGAAAGAUCGGCGAACAGAUGAUCUUAUCAGACGCCGUGCUGCCGAACACCCUGAGCUUGCAGAACGAUGCCGGCAACUGGAGCGUCAGGUUGACUCGUUGCGUGCUGACCUCAUUGAGCUUGGACGUGUUCAUCAAAAGUCUUCUGUGGAGCCCGAUAAAAUUCAAGAUCUGAAACUCUCCGAACCGCGAGAACACAAUCGGGUGCCCGAUUUCCAUUCGGUGAAACUAUCGUACACCGAGCUUGAACCAGGCGAAAUUAUAGAGCUAAACGGUCUGUCGGAUCCAGACACUAGCUUUUUGAGCCAGGCGGACGCUUUAGAAGUUGAUGUCAACUCGGAGGAAGCCGAGGAGGAAGAGUGUGGGCUGUAUCCCUGCAAAUGGAAAACUGGGGCCGACAUAAUAGGCCAAUGCCAGCAGUCCUUUGACUGCAGAGAGGCACAUGCAUGAUCAGCAUUAUCGCCCUCAACUGGGAGCCUGCGGUGAUGUUUGAGUAAUGUAUCGGAUCUUAUUUUUUACUGUAAGAGUUUUUGGGACUAGUGGCAAAUCACGAUGAUACUUCGCGUGA